AUGGGCGCCCAUGCCCUCCAUAUAGGUCCAGCGUGUCCCUCUAAUUUCGGUAGAGUUUCCUCUGCCAACUUUUCCCAUGAUUGGACAUUGCCAAGUCACUGCCCCAAUGACAGAUUUUAUACAAUUCGCUAUAGAGAAAAGGAUAAGGAAAAGAAAUGGGUUUUUCAAAUCUGUCCAACCACAGAAACAAUUGUGGAAAAUCUAAAACCCAACACAGUGUAUGAAUUUGGAGUGAAAGACAAUGUGGAAGGUGGGAUUUGGAGUAAGAUUUUCAAUCACAAGACGAUUGUUGGAAGUAAAAACAAAGUAAAUGGGAAAAUCCAAAGUACUUAUGACCAAAUCCACACGGUGCCAGCAUAUGUCCCAAAGCUAAUCCCAAUAACAGUCAUUAAACAAGUGAUUCAGAAUGUUACUCACAGGGCUUCAACUAAAUCCCCAGAAAGGACUCCCCUGGGAGAAACCAUAUUAGUCCACCUUAUUAUUCCUAGUCUUAAUGAAACUGCUGUAAAACUUACUAUGUCCAUAAUGUUGGAGAUUUCAGAUGCAAUCAAGGUGCAGCUCGCCAAGAAUGAAACCUUGGCAUUACCCCCUGAAUCUAAGAACCCAGAGGUUGAAAAGAUCCCAGCACAGCCCAUAACAGCGACGCCUGAAACAGUACCAAGAACCACUAAACCCACUGUGUCUAGUGCAUUAGAUCUAUCAGAAACAACCCUAGUUCUCAGUGAAAGGACUCCAGAAAUAUCACAAACAAUUCUAAUACCUAAGUUUGAAUUGCCACUGAGCACUCUAGCUCCAAAAAGGCUUCCAGAAUUUCCUGAGGCAAAAACACUCUUCCCUUUUGAGAAAACUGAGGGAUCCUUGGCAUCAAGUGAAAACCCACGGAUUGUACCAACAGUUAAAAGAUCUGAAAAUUCCAAAGUUCCUCAGGCUCAAAUGGCAACUUACGAUGCUAUCUCAAGCCCUACAUCUUCAGAUGAGCCUGAAAUAGCAGAACCUCACACAGCAACAAGUGAGCUUAUUCUGGAUUCUGUCUAACCUAAAACUUCUAGAACUCUUGAACAGCCAAGGGCAACACUGGCUCCAAGUGAAACACCAUUUGUUCCUCAAAAACUGGAAAUCUUUAGCAGUCCUGAAGGGCAACCUGCAACAUCUGCUCCCCAGAAAACUACAUCUACCCCUUCUACACAUAAAUGACGCCCCAGACCCAAAACACCAAGAACCAAACCUGAAAGAACUACAACAAGUCCUGGAACAAUUACAUGUAAAAUUUUUAAAAAACAUGAACCUACACGAACACUGGCUCCCAGUAAAACACAGUUUAUUUCUUUGACACCUAAACUACCUCUCAACCCAGAAGUGAUACAUACCAGACCUGGUAAUUACCCUGAAUUUCUUAAUAUUCUAAAAGUAGGGUUGCAACUUUUUGGAGCAAGAGCUUUUGAUAUUUACAUCAGUUUCAGACAUUUUUUCCAUGAGAAGUGCAAAACUGCAAUGAAAUGA